AUGGGGGCCUCCGACUCGAAGCUCGUAUUCAAAAAGGGUAUCUUCCGCCUCUCUGAAGACAAAGUUAUCCCCGCCGACGACCCCUACUGGGCCUCUUUCUGGGAGCUCCCCGAAUCCACCGAAGAUAUCUUCUCACUUUUCUCCCCUAAUGAUAUCCGACGGACGCGCGACACGGCGCUAGAAAAUCUAGAGACGCUGGUGCUGGCUAUCACCAGCCGGCUACUCAUACUGCGGCACCACCCUUCAUUUCCAGACCCCGAGCUGGCGCCGGAAAGGGAUGCGCUGAACUGUAUAAGAAUCUUGACGAGGAUCUUGCCUUACGUCUAUGAGGCGGAGCAGCUGCAGGAAUGGGAGGACAAGUUUUUCUGGGGCGUGAGGAGGAAACGGACAAGGAAAGCGGCGCUUGCCCGGGAUGUGCUCUUCGACGAGUCGCAAGAGGAGCUCGAAAAACUCGAGGCUGCAGGCGAGGAAUUCGAGGAGGUGAAGCCGCUGGCAGAGGAAUUGAUAGAUACCCUGAUCGACCUCCUCUUCUUCGCAGACUUCACGCUGCCGCGGCCGCAGAACUCGAAGAGCAAAGUCACCUAUGCGAUAUGGCAGAGUGGGGUGGGCUGCAAUACGAGCAUCGGAACCAGCAAGGAGUUUGAGAGUAAUCGGACGGAGAUAUUGCGGUUGUUGUUGACUUUAACAAGUCAAAGCAUGUAUAUAUCUGCAAAUCUGCUGCCGGUGCAGGGCGUCAAGGCGAUCAGCUACAUUGUCACCUGUCCGGAUAAGCAAGUUGUAUUGUCGGUGCUGUGUUCCUUGUUGAAUACUACGCUGAAGUACAACCCGGCGGCAUGGAAGAUACCUUACAACGUACAAGUGUUCAAGGAUCCGAAGCAAAUACUGGUCACAUAUGCGCUGCAGUUCCUCCUAGUAAUACUGCUGUAUCCUAUACCAGAGGGAGACCCAGCACAUGCAAAGAAAAACUACUUCCGACACUUUCUGGGACGGCUACAUAGACCCCAAGAUUUCCAAUUCAUCGUUGAUGGAAUGACCAGAAUCCUCAACCAGCCUUUAAACGCCAGCUCUUCCUACAUCCCAGGGAACCAACAGUCCACAAAGUGUACCUCUGAAAUGAUCAUGCUCUUCUGGGAGAUCACACAGUGCAACAAACGCUUUCGAUCUUUCAUUAUCGACACUGGACGCUCACAUGAUUUCCUCAUUCUGAUCCUCUUCUAUGCUAUCGAGUACAAGCUAGAUGCCUCGAAGCAAGGAGUGGUCAGAAUGUGUAUCUUUCUUCUCCAGACACUGAGUGUUGAGCCGAAUUUUGGGAAGAACCUCAAUAAGAGAUUUGAGGCUCAAGAGACUCUCCCUCCCACUAUCCGUUUGCAGAACUUCAACGGAACCUAUGCAGACUUUCUAAUACACUCCAUCUACAACAUCAUCACGAGCAGCCAAGGCAAAUUGACUGCAAUUUACCCGGCGUUACUAGCUGUUAUCAAUAAUAUCGCCGCUUACCUCGAAAACUUGAGCGCGUCAGCUUCCGGGAAGCUACUCCAGCUAUAUUCCUCGAUGUCAUCGCCGAGCUUCUUGCUCGCGAAUGAAAGCAAUCACGACUUGCUCCAGUCGCUACUAGAAAGCAUGAAUGCCAUAAUCGAGCAUCAGUUUGUCAAGAAUCCCAACUUUAUCUAUGCUGUGUUGAGGAACAAGAAGAGAUUCGAGGCUCUUCGUUCGUUCACACUUGAAAGUGGCCAAGAAGAAAUCGAACGCCGGAAUCGACGUCGAAAGGAGCGAGCAGAUCCGAAUGAUCUGGCCGAGAGCAGGAGAGGAUCAGUGGACAGUCUCCGAAGCCCGACUAUUGGCCAGCCUCGAGCCCCAUCUCUCAGGGAUGUUCCCGAAGAUGGGACAUUCGCUAUCGGCGACGAUGAGGACGAAUACACAGAUGAUGACAUCCGUUCGACGCCAGCAGAAUCUACCCCGACUGAGCAGCCAUCACGCGCCUCGUCCAUCUCAUCGAGUAUAGACGAUGCAGUGCCCACUCAACUACGAGGCAUGUCUGAAAAGGCCAGAGGCAAAAUGCCAGCCGGUAUGCCAAACUUUUCGCGCCAAAACAGCAUCACAAGCCUCGCCAGCUACUCCACAGCUACCUUCUCCAUGCACGGCGCCUUCGAGCCAACAGCAACCUGGAUUGACUCCUGGCUCACCGAACUCCCGCUCCACACAAUCCUAACUCUAAUUUCCCAGCUUUCACCCCUCCUGCCCCCAACUACCCGCUCCUCAACCGACACACCAUCCACCACCAUUCUGCAUGCCCUGCAAACCGCCAAAAUCACAAACAUCGACCCCUCACCCAUCCGCAUCCAGUACUUCGAGUGGACGCCCCUCUCCCUCGGCUGGUACGAAUCGCUCCUCUGGUCCUUCGUAUUCACAAGUGAGAUGCAGGUGGCCAAGGGUACAGUAGGUGUCUGGAACGGCACAGCCAUCAAACUUUUUAGAGUCGAAGCCGUAGCGCCCAGCGGGCCUAGCUUGAGUAGCCCUAGGGGCGCGGUUGAUGCGCUAGGUAGUAAUAUCGUGAGCCGGAUGCAGAGUGUGAAUCUGAGGGGUGUUCCUGGCGUCGGUGGUGCCGCUGCUCAUGAUACACAUAGCGCGCAAGAGUCGAGGCCGAUGCUGGCGAGGACGGGAACGGGAAAUGGGGGCAGGCCGAUGAGGAGCACGAAUAUCUGA